AUGGGAAAUUGUACCGGCACAAUUGGAGAACAAGAUCACAAGCGAAACAUAGUAGAAAAAUCACAAAGGCACUCCCACAUAUCCUACCGAGAGCAUAAUCAACAGAUACAACAACGGCGUUCGACAACAAGAGAAAAAUUUGAUAAUACUGAAUGGCUUAAUGUGACAAAUUUAAAACCAAAUGAAAUGGAUUACGUAAAUCAUUGUCCUCCCCAAUCAUCCGAUCAAAAUCUAUCCAAUAAAGUUCAUGGAUCAAUGAUGGGCAUGGCUAUAGGGGAUGCUCUCGGAGCAUCUGUUGAAUUUCGUCCACGUGAGUAUUUAGAACAAAAUCCAAUUACAAAUCUGCAAGGUGGUGGUACGUGGGGCUUGAAAGCGGGUCAAUGGACAGAUGAUACAUCAAUGGCAUUGUGUUUAGCCGCAAGUUUAAUAUGUCAACAUGGAUUUAGUGCCUAUGAUCAACUGGUUCGUUAUAAAUGGUGGUGGCGUAAAGGUUAUAUGUCAUCAACUGGUCAUUGUUUCGAUAUUGGUAAAUCAACAAAACAAGCUUUAGAUGUAUUUGUUCGUAGACAACACGAGUAUAAUCAAGAUUUUACAACUCUUGAUUUACAAGAACCUGAAGGGUUUAACACACAAUGUAGCCAACCCGAUCGACAAUCCAAUGGUUGUUUAAUGCGUUUAGCACCAAUAGCUCUGUUCUUUCACCGAGACGCUAAAGAUGCUGUGUAUUAUGCCGGGGAGAGUGCACGUACAACACAUGGACAUCAAAUAGCGAUUGAUUCAUGUAGAUUGUAUGCUGCACUUAUAUGUGCCGCAUUGAACGGUGAAAAGAAGAAUGAGAUUUUACAUCGGAAUUUCUACCAAAAUCAUAUACAGUGGUUUGGCAGUAAACCACUUGACCAGGAAGUAUCUAAUAUUAUGAAAAACACAACAUAUCAACGUAAAGGUGGUUAUAAUGAUGGAAUAAGAGGUAGUGCACUUUGUAUCCAGUCACUUCAGGCAGCAUUAUGGGCAUUUUGGUCUGAUAAAAAUUCAUAUGAAAGCGGAGUGCUCGAAUGUGUUAAUUUAGGUGAUGACACAGAUACAACAGCAGCGAUCUAUGGUCAAUUGGCUGGGGCUUACUAUGGAUACAAACAGUUACCACCACAGUGGUUAGAACAAAUCUAUGCUCGAGAAUUUAUAAAAACAAUAUCAGACUGGUAUGAGUCAAGCAAGUUACCCACAGUCGUAUCCGUGCACAUUACUAAUUACCAUACGAAAAUUGGUUCAAGGUGCGCGACAGCGCAGCAUGACGCUGUUUUAAUUAAACUGCGUUCAAUUUAUGCUAUGCUCGUGGCGGUCUUUGAUGUUGGUUUUGACCGUUGA